UUGCGAGUGUACGUACGACUGAGCCCAUGUGUGGUGUUGCGGUUCGCGAGGUAUGCACCUUGACCAAAGAUUCCUCCCUGUCGGUCGAUAACAAUAGCUCGGGCGUUGAAGGUGCAUCAAGCAGUCAGCGUAUCCUGGAUGGCGCAAGUUACGGAGCAAUCCUCCUCCAGUUUGCCGCCAGCACGACCUUUCCCAAUCGAAAGUCUCCCGACAGAGCUGCUUGCUUGCGUGCUCUACCACGCCUCCCAAGACACCCCCUUGGAGAUUCCCCUUCGUUUCUCCCUCAAAAAUCGGUCCCCCAGAUGCCAGUUCUACCCCGCGAUCGCGCUGACAUGGGUCUGCGCCAGAUGGAGGGCCAUCGUGCUUGCCACUCCCGCAUGCUGGUCGCCUGAGUCUAUCGACAUAGAUCUUCAAGCAUUCGCCGACUGGUCUACGGACCCGGUCAGGCAUGCGCGUACCCGGGCGCGAUGCCUCGCUCUGCUCGAGUGCUACCUCACGCGCUCCGGGUUGGUCCCGCUGGUCAUGAACCUCGACGGGUCCGACAACGAGGAAUGGAUGCAGGCGAUCGACGUCGUGCGCCUCGCAUGCAGUUCUGCCUUCCGCUGGCAAGCAUGUCGACUCCCGUACUUUGUCGCCGACUGGCUAUCCGAGACGCCGACGUGUGCUGCGCCUCUGCUCCUCGAGGAGGCGCACGUGGAAGGACCCUACAUCGCCCGCGCGGACUUCUUCGCCAAGUCGCCACGCCUGCGCCAGUGGCAAGGGCCAGUGACGUUCGACGUGGACAAGCCGCACCUGCGGUGGGGCCAGCUUACGCACUUGCUCGUUGAUCACCCCUCCGAGUUCGUGUCCGUCCAGUUUCUCAUGGGCUUCAUCGCGCACUGUCGCCAGUUGGUCGAGCUUGGGAUCAACGUCUGGAGGGAUCCCGAGCGAGCUAUGCCACCGCGGGGUGCCGAAGUCGUCCUCCCUCAUCUGUUGAGCGUGCAAUUCACGUUGGAUGAUCAGGACGUCCUUGCGCAUAUCCUUGCGUCGUUCACGCUCCCUGCGUUGUCGAAUCUCUCACUCUUGGGAUGCAAUGCGAUCGAUGAUGAAUGGCAAGAACCCUUCGGGCACCUGCGUCUGCAGCGGUGGCCGGUGGAGGAGUUUGAGGGAUUCCUAGAGCGCUCGCAAUGCAGUCUUCGAACCCUGCACAUCAUAUUCCUUGCCAUCCCUCAGGACGAUAUCAUCCGCAUCAUGCACAAGCUCCCGCAUAUCUCGGACUUCGCGCUGGACGAGCGAGAGAUCAAGGACGGUCGGGGACAACCGACUUCGUCCUCUAUCAACGAUGCCCUCCUUCAGCGGCUCUCUUCAGUCGACGGCUCUGCACCCGAGCUGCUGCCGCGACUUGAGAGGCUUGCGAUCAAGGGCGUGCUCAACUUCGAUUGGCAGAUGCUCUUGACCAUGGUCAAAUCGAGGACGAAUCCACGCUUGCAGCAUCUGCAUAUCUUCGUCGACGAUUCAUCGAGGUCGGAUAUAGACCAGGACACGGAGGAGCGGCUGAUGGAGCAUUUGGGACGCUACGGCUUUUGGAAUCAUUGCGGAGUCAGGCUUGGAUGGAAGAGGCAUCCUCUUUUAAUUGAUAUAGAGGGGAUGCCGACGUAGCCUCAGACAAUGGUGACAAACCCGGCGCGGGGUGAUUCGUGGUGGCUAUAGCAACACACCCGUGGCUACCUUCCAAUCAAAAGGGUUUGA